GAAAAAAAAGGCAGGGCAGCCAUUUUUGCAGGGACUGACUCCAUGGAAAGUUUGCUGAGGUGAAGAGAAGUUGAUAUUUCAUUUGUGAAUUACGUCUAUCGCCCUGUGCCCAGCAUGAGUGCCAAGGAGUCGUCUACCCCUGUGGAGAAGUAUAAGCUGGUGGUGGUUGGAGGAGGAGGAGUGGGCAAAAGUGCCCUAACUAUCCAGUUCAUCCAGUCUUACUUUGUUUCUGACUAUGAUCCAACCAUUGAGGAUUCCUAUACGAAGAUCUGUUCCAUUGAUGGAAAGCAGACCCGACUGGACAUUCUGGACACGGCUGGACAAGAGGAGUUUGGGGCGAUGAGAGAGCAGUACAUGCGCACGGGGGAAGGGUUCCUGCUGAUUUUUGCUAUUAAUGACCGAGGAAGCUUCAAUGAGAUCAGCAAGUUUCACACACAGAUCCUACGUGUCAAGGACAGAGAUGAGUUCCCCAUGAUUCUGGUUGGGAAUAAGGCCGAUUUGGACCUUCAGAGACAGGUGACAAAGGAGGAAGCUCUAAAUUUUGCACGGGAGAAUCGAAUCCCUUAUAUGGAAGCCUCAGCCAAGAUCCGAUUAAAUGUAGAUGAAUCUUUCCACGAACUGGUCAGAGCAAUCAGAAAAUUCCAAGAGCUGGAGUGCCCCCCGACCCCGGCUGUUAACCCUAAGAAGAAAGAGUCUAAAAGCUGCCCAUGUGUGAUCCUGUAACCUUGUGUCAUGAGCCGCCCAGAUGGCCUCACCAGAGAGACGCAGCAAUAGCUUAAAGAGGGCUUUGACCAGUCAUGGAAAACCAGGCAUUGUUGGUAGCGCCAGGGUGCACAUGAAUGGUCCUCUCUUCUGCUAACUAAUCAUGCCAACCCUGCAGACACCUGGAGGUUGCAUCCAACAGACACAUUACACAGUCUCUCCCUGCUAAUCAAGCAUUGGGGGCCAAACAAAUCUCCCCAACCCCCAUCCCUCUGUGCAUCCGGGCGAGAUGCCUCAUUCUACUACAAAAAAUGCAGUUUGCACACACUCCCUUCAUCUGUGCUGACGCUUUCUUAUUUUUGUAUGCUGGGAUCUGCAUGUAAAUAUAUAUUCUGUAUAUAUAUUUUAUAUAUAUAUUUUAUGUUCUCUUAUUUUCCUAUUUCAUGGGCUUUUAUGUACGCAGCAAGUGUGCGUACUGGAGAGACUGUUGGUGGAGAUUCUCCUGUAUGUUAUGAGGCAAUAUACCUGAAAGGCACGCUUACUUUCCCCAGCUCCGUAAGCUUUUCUUCUUUUAUUAGUAAUGGAAGACCUUGGUACUUUCUCAGUUCUUCUGCUUCUAUAAUAUGGCAUUGGUUCCCUACACUACAAGAUGGCAUACAUCCAGACUGUGCAGGGUAGAACCUGGCAGGCCGCAGUGGUAUAGAUUUUGCUGCUCCUUGCAAAGCUGUGAGUUGCUCAUCUGUGUACACUACACCAGUGGUCUGUACUGCAGCUGUUGUAGAACUGCAACACCCAGCAUGCCCUACAGCUUCCAGAUCACUGGACAACAGACUGAAUGACCAUUGUUACUGUAAUUGGCUGCAUAUAGUUAGAAGGUGGCCCCUGUGUGAAUGGUGAGCUAGGAGUACUCUGGUGACUGGCAUCACUCUGACAUUCUCUUUCCUUUUAAAUGGCCUCCUUCUGUGAACUUCAAAUGUUCUCAAAUGUUUCACUUGUACACGUAUCGCCAAGACUGGGCAUCUGCA